UUCUUGCAAUAAAAACAAAGGAAGAGAGAGAAAGAAUCGAAUAUAAUCGAUUACUACUACAAAAAGUUGGGCCUCCAAAAUCUGCAAUCACUUUUCUAAGACUAAGAAUAAUGUUGGUGAAUGGUGAGGAGAUAUGUGAUUUUCCCCUAGCGUUACAGGUUUUGGUUGUUGAAGAAUGUAGAAUGAGGCAGCAAAGUUAUAGUGGGUCUUACUCAAAGUAAUAUUCCGAUCCAUUUGUAAAUAUGUAUCUAUUCACACUUUGUAAUCUUAGUUCCCAACUUUCUUCCUCUCAUUUGCACUCCAUCUAUCACACUCUCGACAAGUUCAAAUAACAUCAAAUCUAAAACUUUAUAUCCACAAGUUAGUUGUUACAUUUUAUGCAUGGGCAUGCAGCCCAAACAGUGUCACAACUCAUAAGUCACAACCUCCAUUCUUCUCUUACCAAUGGGUUCCUUAUUGUUUUCCUAUUACUGUUUCUCUACACAGAUUGCAUUCAUCUUGUUUCUAUUUUGCUUGGAUAAAGGAGCAUUAGGGGCCAAGUUUACAAUAAUUAACAAGUGUGAUUACACGGUGUGGCCUGGGAUUCUUGCCAAUGCUGGCAGCUCCGCAUUGGAUACCACCGGCUUCCACCUCCCAUCCGGCGGGUCGAGGAGCUUUCAAGCCCCACCCAAUUGGUCAGGCAGGUUUUGGGGCCGGACCGGCUGCAAUUUUGACCCCAAUACCCAACAGGGCACCUGCACCACAGGGGAUUGUGGCUCCAACAAACUUGAAUGCAAUGGUGCCGGGGCAGACCCACCCGUAACACUAGCGGAGUUCACAAUCGGGUCGGGUUCCCAAUCCCAGGAUUAUUACGACGUCAGCCUGGUUGACGGAUACAAUCUUCCUAUGAUGGUGGAUGCGGGUGGCGGGUCGGGUGAGUGUGGGUCAACGGGUUGCAUAGCUGACCUGAACCGGCAAUGCCCGAAUGAGUUGAGAGUUAGUAACCGAGUGGCAUGCAAGAGCGCGUGUGAAGCGUUUCAGAGGGCUGAAUACUGCUGCAGCGGCACCUACGCUUCACCUGCCACAUGCAAGCCUUCGGUUUACUCCACCAUGUUCAAGAGCGCGUGCCCCAAAUCGUAUAGCUACGCAUAUGACGACCUUACGAGUACAUUUACGUGUACGGGAGCUGAUUAUACCAUCACAUUCUGCCCUUCAACCACAAGCCAAAAAUCAGCAAGAGUGUCACCACCAGCGCCACCUGAAACAGGAACAGGGGAGAUGCCUAUGAUAGUGAACAGUUCAUGGUUCUCUGAUAUUUUUUAUGGACUCUCGCCCAAGUCCUACUCUUGCCCAACCUUACUCAUUGCCACUCUCACUAUCCUAAUUUUUCUCAAUUUGCAAUCCUCAUAGUGCAUGCAUUUUAA